AUGAGCCGGCGAAUCCGGCCCCAGCCAUCUAGUGGCCCUGACACCGACUCCAACCCUGACCUCACCAUUGACCUCACGCCUUCUUCCCCUUCCCCCUCUCCCCCCGGUCAGCCAGGACAGCCACAGCAACCCCAGCUCGACGACCUCCUCUACCGACACCGCUCCCCACGCCCCAUCAUCGAGUCGGACUCGGAGUCGAACCGUAACUCGCCCACGUCCACCCAUUUCCCGUCCCCGGCAGUGACGCCUCCGGGUAUGUAUCUGAGCCGGAUUUUAGAUCCGGCAGAUUCGCCUACGAACUCGCGUGUGGAUGGCACUACGGCCGCGCAGACGACUGGCACUACGCAGAGGACCGGAAGUGCCGAUACUCCUGCAAGCCGUAUCGCCGACACACAGAGAAGCGGACAUGGGGAACAGCAGGGGGCCCAACCAUCGCCUUCUUUCCGGCGCGGUAUGAGAAGGAGGGCACGCACCCCACGGGACUGGGUCUGGAGAGACGGGGGACUCAUCAAUCGGCGGACGAAUCGUCCGGUCUUUCAUUGGGAUGAAAGUAUGGAUGGCAGCUCCGAGGUGGAGGUGGAAGUGGAGGGAGAGGAGGAGGAGGAGAGCACCGAAAGUGAUCGGAAUGGGGACCGGGGAAGAUCGCUGGAGAGAAGUUGGGACGAUCUCGGAGAUAUCAUCGAUCGGUAG